UAAAUUAUUAGAUUAGCGGGUUCGGAUAGGAGACAAAGAGGACUCUGAGUUUAAAAAUAGGAGAAGGCAGAUCACAGUUCACAGACACAGAGAUGGAAGAGGAAGCAAAGGGAGGUGUUAAGAAUGUUUUGCUAGUAAAAUUCAAAGAAGGAACCUCAGAGAGCCAGAUUGACCAACUGAUCCAAGGCUAUGCCAACCUAGUCAAUCUCAUUGACCCCAUGAAGUCCUUCCACUGGGGACAUGAAUUGAGCAUUGAGAAGCAGCUGGAAGGGUACACUCAUGUGUUUGAAACAACCUUUGAGAGUGUGGAGGGUGUUGCAGAGUACAUAGCUCACCCUGCCCAUCUUGAUUUUGCAAACUUGUUCCUUCCCAAUUUAGAGCAAUUAUCUUUCAGCUCAACUGCAGACCAGCAAGUCAUCACCAAGAAAAACCCUAGUGAAAUACAGGUUAUGAUGAUGGAGCUGCUAUCAGAUCCAAAAGAUCAAUCAUAAUAAACCAUUUUGUCAAUUUCUUUUCUUUAAUUUGGAGUUUUAUUUUCUUAGUAAUUAAAAGUGUUAACUGAUUGUAAUGGUGUUAAUUUUAUGCAAUGAAGCUCCCACCUUUAUAUGGA